GUAUGGAGUCGCUUUGAUUGGAAUUGAAACAAGUGUUCGAGGAAAUCGACCAAUCAUGCUCAACCCUGGACCGUCUUAUAUCAUGAAGCCUACCGACAUUUGCUUUUACAUGAAUAUCACAAAGGAAGAAAACAGUGGCUUCCUCACUAGCGGUAGCGGAGGCAGUGGCCAAAAAAAAUCCACAGAGGGCGCUAAACAAGAUGCUCAAGAAGGGGGCAAGGGGAUAACGGUAUCGGAUAAAGACAGUCGAAGUCAGGAUCUGUCAUUACUAAAGUCUCGAAUAGUCAAGGGAUUCGGCAAGAAGCCCCAUUUGGAGGUUCCUAGUAUAAGGGCCUUGAAAACAUCAGAGUCCAGCACUUCCAAAGAACGCCGUCCGAGUAUAGGUCCAGUACCGGACAUGCUGAAAGAGGGAGCAGAAACUGAUGGAGAAACGGAAGAGGAAAUAAAAAAAGAAGAAGAAGAAGUCCCCUGUAGCGCUUUAUCGGAGAGCUGCAA